CUCGCCAUCGGUUCGUAUAUGGUCACCCGCAUCACCGUGGUAGAUCGACCGUGGUGUGUGCUCACACGACUUUCGAGAUGCACGAUUCCAACUGAUACGGGGGUGGUGUUUCUCCUUCCUGUCUCUGCAAAAGAAACACCGCCGCAGUCGCACAUUUACGCGCGCGGCGAGUAAUGAGGUUGUCUCGCUGGUGUUAGUGGUGUCAGGAGUAUGGCUAUAUUUAGCGUAUGACGGCUGGCAGUUUCGGAGCACUUCGGAACGACUUGAUAUAGUUCGCUCGACGCGGCGUCGCCUACUGUCUGUGUUUACUCGGCCUCGACGUUACAUGAUAACGGCGUGAUAAUGGAGGAUAUAUUCCAGUGGUGUCGUGAGGGCAAUGCUAUGCAGGUCCGCGUCUGGCUGGACGACACCGAACAUGACAUGAAUCAAGGAGAUGAUCAUGGAUUCAGUCCACUUCACUGGUGCUGCAAAGAAGGCCACUUAAAAUUAGCAGAGUUGCUGGUUAGCAGAGGAGCACGUGUUAACGCCACCAACAGAGGGGAUGAUACACCAUUGCAUCUAGCCUCAGCACAUGGACAUAAAGACAUAGUGCAAUUGUUGCUUAGAAAUCGUGCCGACGUGAACGUUACAAACGAACAUGGAAACACUGCCUUACAUUAUGCUUGUUUCUGGGGGGAUCAAGCCAUUGCAGAGGAAUUGGUUGCGGCAGGUGCUCUCGUCUCGAUCGCCAACAAGGACGGCGACACUCCACUCGAUAAAGCCAGAGGUGUUUUGGCCAAGAGAUUACACGAUUUGGCAGUAGAAUAUGGACAGGAUUUGAAGAAGAUACAGUUUAAGGAUCAAAGCUGGUUAGGAUUGAAAACCAGGAGUCGAGAUGCGACUCUCUCGAGGUACAAAGGGAUCAGUAUGGCAGACUUGUCCCUUCAUAUGCACCUCGCGAGCACACCGAGCGGCGAAACGUGGAGAGGCCGAUGGCAGAACAACGAUGUCGUUGUCAAGAUACUGAACGUCCGCGAAUGCACUGCACGCAUCUCGAGGGAUUUCAAUGAAGAGUUUCCGAAGCUGAGAAUCUUCUCGCAUCCGAACGUUCUGCCAGUCCUUGGCUGCGUGAAUCAACCUCCGCAGUUAGCGACCGUUUCUCAGUACAUGGGACGAGGCAGCUUACAUCGACUUCUGCAUGGCGGGACAGGUGUCGUUGUGGAUACAGCACGCGCUCUUCGACUAGCCCUCGACGUCGCCAGAGCUAUGGCAUUCCUUCAUAGUUUGGAUCGGCAGAACAGAUGCAGGUUUCACCUCAACAGUAAGCAUAUAAUGAUCGACGAAGAUCUAACAGCUCGUGUGAAUAUGGCGGAUUCGAAGUUUUCUUUCCAAGAGAUCGGGCGAAUUUAUGAGCCGGCGUGGAUGUCGCCGGAAGCUUUGAGCAAGCGUCCGGCGGACAUCAAUCACGAGGCUAGCGAUAUGUGGAGCUUCGCCGUUCUUCUGUGGGAACUGUCAACCAGAGAAGUACCAUUUGCGGACCUAUCGCCCAUGGAAUGUGGUAUGAAGAUCGCCUUGGAAGAUUUACGCGUAAGCAUUCCGCCGGGCAUUUCUCCGCAUCUCGCAAAGCUCAUUCGAAUUUGCAUGAACGAGGAUCCGGGCAAGCGACCGUCCUUUGAUAUGGUUGUGCCGAUCCUCGACAAAAUGAAGCGCUGAAAUAUAUUCGAUAAAAAAAGUAACACAGAAGAUACAGUAAAAUACAUCCAGAUAUAAUAGUGCCUAAAGAAUCUCUAUAUUUAUUCAACUGCCUGAAAAAUUGUUAUUAACAACGAUAUUUUUGUAUAACUAUGUUCCACAAAACAAAUACUGCCUUUAAAAACCCUAAACUCUAAACUAAGUUCUAAAUGGACUAAUUUUUAACUAUUUAUAUUUAAUACAAACUCGUAAAUGUUUUAUAAAAACACGUUUAUAUUUGUAGUUUAUAAAAGUUUUUAAAUGCGUAGCUCAAAUUUUGUCCAUUUUGCCAUAUUUAACCAAAUACCGAGAUUUUUUAAUAUAAAAAGGAUAGAGUAGUGAUACUGUUUACACAUGUUAGAGAGCAUAUUUUUUAUAAAAUGUUUGAUGACACAUUUUCUGCCUGUAUGUCACUAGAUAAUAUAUGUUGUGAAUAUUAUAUAUAUUAAUUAAAAUAUCAAGAUGAUUAAUAAAACUAAAUGUAUAGAAUUAUAAUAUUGGAUUCGUUUAGAUUGGAACGAGUAUCUCUUUAAUAAAUAUAUUUAAAUAAUAAUAUCUUGCAUGCAUCUUUUAUGUAAGAACGAUUUAUAUAGAAUGUAGAGACAUGAAGUUUUAUCAAAUAUAUAAAAAUAUAUUCACUGUUA